AUGGCUAGUGGAUCGCUGGCAUAUCGACCACACCAGGAUCUGGACACAGACCUGACGAAGUUUGGCUUCCUAGUCUAUGCCGGAACCGUUCGUGACUUUCACGAGUGGGAGUUCCGAGCUAUGACAAGGUGGAAGCAGACCAAGGUUGAGGAGAGAUCCGACCUUGCGUCCAAGUUCCUCGACUCCUUAAGGAGCGAGGCAUACAUUGUCGCAGAGGAUUUGGGUACCGACGUUUUGUUCUCGAGUCAAAACACCCCCAAGGUGAUCGAGGCAGUUAGAGAACGCCUGUUCCCUCUGGCGGAACAAGAGACGAAAGAACUUUAUCGGUUAGGGACCCAAGUCGGCGGCACGUUGUCACGACAGCCGGGAGAGCCGAUGAUCUCCUACAUCGACCGCCGCAAGCGGUGGCUACGCAAGCUUCAGCAAUUAGACAAGGCCCUUCACAUAAGUGAAGCGGUGCUGACAGAUCUGUUGCUGGAUAACAGCGGGCUCACCCGGCAAGAGCGACUCAUGGUGCUGACCUCGAUGUCAGGCAGCACAGCGACGAAGGAUGCUGAGGCAUCGCUGAUUCGCAUGCAUAGUCGUAUCCAUACGUUGGAACGAAAGCAGCCAUCCGCCAAGGGCGGAACUGGCAAAGGAAAAGGUUUUCCCAGGAAGGGAGACCGAGGAAAAGGUAAAGGAUACGGCAAGAGAUCCCAGAAACGGACUGCUUACACGUACCUUUCGGCCGUAGAAGACCUCUUCGAGUACCCUGACGCCGACGAAGACGACGACGGAACAGCCUACCUGGCAGGCCAAGAGGGCCAGGACGGCCAAGACGGUGAGGGACAGGACUGGGCGUAUCACGGAGAAGAACUCCCCGUGUACGACAGAGAGGAAGACACCGCGUGUGUUGCCCAGUCGGCCGACGCAUCCCUAAGGGACGUCGAGCUUGAUGUCUUCACCGCCUUUAUAAGCGCUGGGUUCGACGAGGAAGACAAAGAGGCUUUGGCGUUUCUCGCAGACACCGUGCAGUGCGAGACCGUUGCCUUUAUGGCGCGGGCCAAGGCUAAGGGUAAAGGAAAGUCUGUGAUGCAGAGGAGUGCACAUGGAUAUCGGCCGCGAUCUACCGGUCUCACUGUUGAAGACAGGAGACGGAAGCUCCAUGAGAUUAAACUCAGGAGCACAUGCAAAACGUGUGGCAGAAAGGGCCACUGGGCUGGUGACAAGGAAUGCCCAGGCCCAGGAAAAGGAGCAGGAAAGCCUGCAGUGGCACACCUUGCCCAGGUUAGGCGUGUGAUGGAUAAAUCCACACAGACCUGCGACUUUAGCGCUAGCCCCAGCGAGAGCGACAGCGAGAGUCACAGUUUUGACCCAGAGCCAACAGCGAACUACGUUAGCUUGGGUCAGGACUCUGAGACGGAGCCUGCGGCGUACAUGGGUUUCUUCGACAAGACCGACUUUGAAGAGUCUGACGAAGAGCUCCUGGACGACUUUGCGUCGCAAGGCGCCCCCUCCACGGAAUGGGAUACUAUAGAGUACCCUGAUGGCAGCGACCAGGUGUUUCGGUUCGGGAUGCACAGGGGUAGCACCUACCUUGAGGUUUUGCAGAACCACCCCGAUUACUACCAUUGGGGCCUCAAGGAGAAAGAGCCGAGCACCAUGCUAGAAGCAUGGCUUGUCUGGGUGUAUCGCAACUUUGAGGUUCCACCGGUUGGCGGUGGAAGGGCUACACUCAGGGCAGUUACGCUGCCGGUGGAGGCCGACUCGCUGCAGAAGGCUAGGAAGGAGGUGAGCCUUGAGAAGGCACCUAAGAGCAAGCUCGGGUUGUUGAAGGCGGAUCCCAAAGGACCGUGUGUCGGCGGCUGUCCCGCACACGCUCUGAACAAAGCCGGUAGCAACGCGCAUGUAAUCAAGACUACUUGCAUGUUGUGCGGCACCCGUACCUCAAACCCGAGACCAAAGGCUGUACCGAAGAACGACCCCCGCACGUGCGAGCACAAGCGCACAGACAACAGGAACAGCACGAGAUCGGUACACCGCACCUUUUGUCUUGAUUGUUGCACUGUGGUAGAGGAAAUCCCGCAGAAGCUCUUUAAGGAGCAGAAGGGACUCGCCGAGCAGGUACAGCAGUCUCCACUCAAGGUGCAGAACCUCACGAGGAGACAGCUGGAGGAGUACAACUUUACGAAGUUUGAGGCAGGUGAGGUGGUAAAGAAGUUCUUCAAGCACAUGGACAAGUUUUUGUUGAAAGUUGACCAAGUCAGUUCAACCGAGUUGUCUAGUUGCCUUGAGGAUGCGAUGGACCAGGUUGUAGAGCAGACGAAGUUACGCAUGCAACAUGGUAGGGCAGCUGACGUAGCUAGGUCUAGUCAGGAAGUAGAGCCCCCACCUUUGCCUGCGUUUUCCCCUGUACGUAGAGAGCGUAGGAGUGCACAGCCUCGUGAGCAAGCGUCGCCCGCCGCCGCAGCAGCAGCUGGCCCGAGAGAGAGGGGCGCAGCUGUUAGCGACGCCAUGGCGGCGUCGCCUCCCAGCGGAAAGGGCUCGGGAAGCCGAGAGAAGUUCGCCGGCGUGGCGACGGCGGAAAGGAAAGGUGAUCCUGGAGAGGACACCAAGCUGACGCUCACCGCUCUGGUGGGGCAGCUGCAGAAGGAUGAUCUCGAAGGAGACAUCAGUCCGAAGAGCGUGCAGAGCUCAGACAGUGAGCCUGCACCCCUGGACGAGGAGAUUGCUGAGCCGCAACUCCAGCUCGUGGAUCCCUUAGAGGACCACGAAAACGUCUGGGUGAUGCUGGACGAGGGCUGCAACCAGACAUGCCACGGGACAAAGUGGAGGGCUCACUCCUCAAAGGUCCUGGCGAAGUUUGGGUUGCAGUUCACCAGCGUGCGCUCGAGCGGCACGAGCUUCAAGGGCAUUGGAGCGGCUCGAGCGACGGGCAAGUUCGCGAUGCCGUUCGCCCUCCGCAUCAUGCCGGAGAGCGGAGGCCUUCGCCGGAGCACCCGUCUGCAGGGAGAGCUCUCCAGCGUGGAGCUGGACUCUCCGGACGUGCUCUGCCUCCUGUCCUUGCAGGAUCAGGUUCAGCUUGGCCUGAUCAAGGACCUGAGGCGCGGCGAGUGCCGAAUCUCGGGUUACGCCGGGACACUGCAGUUGGCGAGGCACUCGAAGACUGGCCUCCUCCUCCUGUGCGUGAGCCAGUUUGGGGCGAACGUUACAGAGAGGCACAGAAAGUUUGCAGUGAAUCCGGAGGUGAUCCCUAAGAGGACAUCUAAGAAGGAGAAGAACACUUUCUCGAUCCCUUUGAGGGACGGGACGGCACGCAAGAAAGAAACCUUGAUCCCUUCAGGGGACAAGGACAGCACGGCGUACAUGCUGUCCGAAAUGGUGAAGGAGACCGAAGGGCAGCGGAAGAACGUUUUGGUGGUCACGUUGGGCUUGGAGAAGCUAGAGACCUGCCAACGUGGGCGCGGCACCUACCGUGGACUCACGGAACUUAUCCGGGGUAUGCGGAAGGGGCAGUCGCACGAGUUCUCGCUGAACAACGAGGCCCACGAGGACACGCUUCUGGAAAGCCUGCGCCAGAACUUUGAGUCCUUCCGGGACUACGCCACGGAGCAGAUCCUUUUUCUGGACUGCCGGCACAUGAACGACCCGGGCAAGGACAAGUCCCUCAGGGACCACUUAGGCACGUACCCCAGGAACGUGCAAGCCAUGGUUUUGGACCCGAAGACGAAUGGAAAAUGGGUGGCGUUCAUGAAGGAGGUCGUGCCGGCCGUGCACAAGCUCAUCCAGGAGAACGAGCAGUGCGUGAUUUUUAUGUUUUGCAAAUCGGGCAGACACAGGUCUGUCUCGAAUGCAAAGAUCGUGUACGAUCUCAUAAAGGAGACGUACGAAGUGGAAGCGAGACUACUUCACCUUUGCGACGGCUACAACUGGCGAUAUCUAUGCGGUGGUUGCGCGGAGUGCAACUGGGAGUCCAAGGAGGCUCGAAGCACCGCAGAGAAGGUGAUGGACUUCGCAAGGGAGCGCUGGUUCGAAUUCGCAGCGGGCGCGGGAUCAAGCAGUGACCCGCCGCAGCCUGACUCGGCUGUCAAGCAAGAGGCCGCUCAGGACGAGCAGCUCGGAGAUGAGGACCACGACGAGGACGACACCACUGGGGCAGCCGAGGCCAGUGCCAGCUCGAAGGCACCGGCGCAGCCUUUCACGGUGGAGACCCCAGACGGAGUGUCGGUGCCAGUCCACGACUUGCGCCCCGAGCUGGAAGGAUUAGAUGACAAGUCCCUUGAGAAGGUGGACCACACCUCGCUCACCUGCGCCGUUGCCGCGAAGUACUUAGACUACGAGGCGGCGAGGGCACUUUUGUCGUCGCUGGUGGCUGACGUCCGAUCCGGAAAGCGGACGGAGAAAGAGUGGGACACUGACCUGGAGCUGGCGAACCGAAGCCUGGACCAGGCGAUUCUCCAGCUGGACGAGGACAAGGCCGCGGCACAACCUGGCGCAACCACAGCUGGAAGGACGACCGCUCAAGCGGCGGACCCACCGCCAAGAGAAAGGACCCGAUCGGCACAGGCCGACGGGCGAGGAGAGAAGGGAAAAGGUGAGAAGGGAAAAGGAAAAGGCCGAGGAGACAAGGGACGACACAAGAGGCACGGCGAAAUCGCCUUUAAAACUUGGUUGCAGCCAGGCGUGGGGCACGAAGGAGCCGGACCACCGGUUCGUGUGUCCUAUGGGGCACACGCUGCAAACUCCUGGGAUAAGGUCCCGACGGAGUUGCAGCGCUACCGCAAGCACGUGGCGAUCCAAUGGACGUCCGAUGGGCCCUGGGAGUGGCGCGAGACCAACGUGGCCGCUCACUCAUGGGUUUACUUCGGCGACCGUUGGGACCAGCACCCGCGCCACAUGUUGGUGUUCUUGGUCCCGCCACGCGGUGGCAGUGCCUUCUACGUUGGAGGCAUGCUUCCGGAUCUCAUGGCUUCUGACCUGAAGGUGAUGAAAAAGGAGACCGGAAAGAUGUUUGAGGAUUCUUGCAAGAACCUCAACACGCACGACGACCUGCUGAUGCAGGCCUUGGGGCUUCCGUCAGCGGCGAUCACGGGCGAUCCGCCCACGAUCUUUGCCCUGGCGAACUCGGAGUUCCAGCCCGGAUCCCUUGAGAGGACCGGCGCUAAGGUGAUCGUGCGACACCCUGGCUACCGUAUGAUCCUUCUGGAGGACAUCGGUUGGCAGAAGCAAAUCUCUAAGGAGAUUGCUAAGAUCCGUCCCGACCUCCUGCUGUUGGUGUACAGUUUGGAAGACCAGGUAGGUCUCACCCUGCAGGUACAGACCUGGCUCCAGUCCCUCUCCGCGUACACAAAAGAAGUGCUUGUUCUUGACAGCUUAGGCAGUGUUAGGUGGAACCUGUGGUUCGAGAACAGUGUCGAGGGUACUGAGAGAGAGUUUCAGUUGUUUCAGUGUAGGGGUGACCUUUGUGUAGGGACGUUUUCGCAGGCGAUAGGUGAAGUCAUGUCUAGUUGGGCGAACUGUGACCAUGACAUACACUACUCACCUGUGAGCAUCGACACAGUAGGCACGCAAGUUGGUUUUGCCGAAACCUUGUUGCUUGUGUUGCAAGAGGGCUGUGUAGAGGACCACGUUGCUGAAGCGUUUCCUGUUGAGGCAAGGCAGGAUGAGGUCGAGGAAUCUGGUACUCUAGAUGCUAUAGUGGAUCCCAGAGACAAUAGGACCGCUUUCAUGGAUGAUCUGGAACUCGCCGAGGAAGCAGACAUCUUAGACACGUUGCCUUUAGCAGGGUUUCCGAAGGAAGAGUCUGAGAGGAGAAAGGCAUGGUCUAAGGUACCGAGGCGUGUUCGCUUGGGGAUCAGGAGGUUGCACACCAUGAUGAACCACAAGCCUAAGGAAGUGCUAGUUCAGGUACUUCGUGGGGCAGGUGCUUCUGAAGAGUUGGUGAAUGCAGCUAAGAUCUUCAAGUGUGAGUCUUGCAGGGUUAGCGAAGAGAAGGUUCGCACACACCCUGUGUCAGCUCCUCCACCUUACGAGUUCAACCACACAGUUUCGGUGGACGUGCUGGAGACUGCAGACUCAACAGGCGCAAAGUUUAGCUGGCUGAACAUUAUAGAUGUCGGCACAAGCUAUCAAGUUGUGACCUUGGUCCGCGUUGGUGGCGGACAGCCGAGCUCAGCCAAGUGCUUGCAGAAGUUCAUGCAGCACUGGGUUUCCCCUUUUGGGUGGCCAAAGGUGGUUUCCCACGACCGUGGUUUACACAACCGGGGCGCUUUCGCUCACGGCUUGGGUAGCCAUGGAGUCCAGAUCCGCCAAGCCGGACUGGAAUCGCCUGAGCACAUAGGGAAGUGCGAAAGGCAUGGAGGCAUCAUAAAGCGAGCCUUCAAGCGUUUGGUCAAGGACCACAACGUUGUGGGCAAAGAUGAUGUCAAGGUGGCGAUGCUCGAGGCGCAGGUCGCAAAGAACGAGUUCAUGCGUGUUGGAGGCUUCAGCCCCACCCAGUGGGUGCUUGGACGCCUGCCCAGAGGAGUGGGCCACGUUUUGGACGAAGAAGAGCUAGGACAGCUUGGAGUCUUGUCGGGCAGGUUAGAUGCCACGACUGCGUUCGGCCGCCAGGCCGAAUUCCGCCACACUGCCAGAAAGGCAUUCGUCCAUGAGGACUGCAGUCGCAGGGUACGAAAGACCGUUUUGCGAAAAGCGGCUCCCCUGCCGGGGAAAUACCAAGCUGGCGACCUAGUUUGCUAUAGGAUCGCACGAGAUGAGCACUCAGGUAUCAGUACGUGGUCGACCGUUAGUAAAAUAAUCGGCUUCGAUAACAAAACAGUCUGGGUGGUGCAUCAGGGCGUACCCGUGGCGACCAGCUUGGCACGACUCAGACCGUGCACAUCGGCUGAGGUUUUAGCGUUCCAAGUGUUGAACCGUGGCAACAUACAGUACGAGCACGCGGAGGUUGAACGCGAGCAACAAAGGUACAUUGAUGCCACCGGGGAUGAUCUAGUACUAGACAACCCAGAAGAGCCACCGGACGGAGGAAUUGGAAUAGGUUCUCCGAUCCAAGCGGAUACAGAAGCAGAUCCUCCAGAGACUGCGGCCGCUGCUCCAGAACGAGCUGUUCGAAGGAGAGUUGGAGCAACCCGUGAAGAGUCACGGGCCGUGACUGUGGAGGAGCCGGAGAACGAACAGGUGGACCCUCCAGGAGGGAUCCAAGAGCCGAUGGCUGAGGACACGGCGGUGGACGCCGAUGGUGAGGCCGAGGCCACGGAAGGUAGCUCAGCGCUUCUUCUGAGGGCUUACGCCAGCCACUUCUGGACGAAAGAGGAAAGAACCGUUUGGAACUCACUCCCCGGGGAGAAGGAGUACGAGGCCUUACGGGUUUUCUUCGCAGACCGCGUCGAGGACGACAAGAAGGUGACGCAGUGGCGCAAGCGCCGAAAGAACUUUACGUCCAAGAAGCAGAAGGAGAAGCACGGGAAGAUCCUAAUGUACCACAAAUGCCCUGAAGAUGUCCAAAAGGAACUGGACAAGAGCAGAGCCAAAGAGUGGGCAAAGUGGCAGGACUUCAGUGCUGCGAUCAUUCUUGAUGACGCACAGUAUGACGAGUUGAUCCGUGAAGGACAUCAAGUCAUACCUACCCAAUGGGUAGAGCUGGACAAGAACCACAACAAGAGGUUACUUGAUCCUACCGUGGAGGCCAACUACAAGAGUAGGUUGGUUGUUCGGGGUGAUCUUGAGAAGGGUGAUCCUAGGAGUGAUAGCCCUACUGCUAGCAUAGAAGCUCAGAACUUAGUGUUUUCCUUUUCGGCUUCUAGGAAGGUCAAGAUUAAAUCCCUGGACGUGACUAACGCCUACUUUCAAGGCGAAGAGAUAGAUAGAGUACUUCUACUAUCUCAGCCCAAGGGAGGACUCCCUGGGCUCAAGCCCCACCAGCACAUGCUGGCGAGAGCACCCAUCUACGGCAGCACGGAUGGUGGUAGAAGGUUUUGGAAGCGGCUUAGAAAUUACCUCAAGGGUAAAGGACUACGCGAGAACCGCAUCUACCGCGCUUUGUACAGUUACACAGAUGCCGAUGGGGUUGUACAGUUGCUCUUGACGUCCCACGUAGACGAUCUAUUGUGGGCUUGUGAUCCGUCAUGCGAUUGGAUCAUGAACGACCUCAUUGAGACGUUCAAGUGUGGGAAGGUUGAGACCGGGAGCUUCAGGUACUGCGGGAAGGAGAUAAGCCAAGACGAGGAUUUCAAUAUCCAUGUGACCUGCAGCGAAACGACGAGGAACGUGAACAAGAUUCACGUUGACAAGAGGAGGCACCCGGGAGAUCCCUUAACGGACUCUGACAAGACGCAGAUGAAGAGCGUCGCUGGGUCCCUUGCUUGGGUUUGCAGACAAUGCCGACCCGACUUAAGCUAUAGGGUAUCCAAGAUCCAGUCGGCUUCUAGCAAUGGUACCGUCGCUGACAUCAGAGAUGCCAACAAAGCGGUCGAGCACGCUAUUAGCACCUACGACAGAGGACUUGUUUUCAAGUCUGGGCUGUUGGACUGGAAGACACCAGGUGCUCUUUUGAGUCUGGUGAUCACGGACGCUUCUCACGCGAAUGAGUCCGAAGAGAUGAUCAUAAACGAAAUGACAUCUGUGGAAGGACACCGGAGCCAAGGUGCAAGGAUGGUGUUUCUUACAGACGGCGCCCUGUGGAAAGGGAACAAGGGUAGCAUUCAUCCCAUCUUGUGGGCGAGCAACCUCGUUCGGAGGGUAUGUCGUUCCACCAUACAGGCAGAGGCCUACACACUUCAGGCAGGUGUGGAGGACGGUGACGUGCUGAGAGCAGCAGUCACUGACAUCUUCGGAUGCCUCGAUAUGAAAAGGUGGGAGGCUACGUCGGCCAAGUUUGUGAAACAGAUCUGGAUGACAGACUGUAAGAGUCUGGAACUGACGCUUUCGAAUCCGAAAUGCAAUAAGCAUUCGGACAAGAGAUUGAGCAUCGAGAUCGCGUCUCUCAGACAGGAGCUAUGGCGCAAAGCUGGCGAGAAAGCAGGAUAUCCGUUUUACGACGACUACAAGCCAGCGGAUGAUCAGUUAACUGACAUCGUCAGAUGGAUUGACACCGACGUGAUGAUCGCAGAUCCGUUGACGAAGGUCAUGGAGCCGGUCAAGUUGGUUGAAGCUCUGAAGACCAACACACUCGACGUAGAGCAGCCGCUCGAGAGUGUCGUUAAGAAGCGCGCCAAGCAGCUUCAGAGGAGGUCGACGAAGAAGGAAGAGGACAACGAGCAAGACCGUUGA